GAAUCAGUUUUACAUUGCUUGCAGUCUCUCUCUCUCUGUCUCUCUCUUCACACUUUCAGUACAGUCUAGCUCAGUGGGUGAAAAGCAAGGAGUUCAUGAGAGAGAGAAGGAGAGAGAUAGAGAGAGAGAGAGAGAGAGAGAGAGAGGGAAGGUGAGAGAGAGAGCGAGAGAGAGCGCGAGCAAGCGCAGCCACUCAUUCGUCCCUCACUCCAGGCUCUAAGUUUACAGGCAGCCAGGCAGAUUUUCUUGGCUUGGAUGCAGCGCUCAUGACAGGAUUAGGAGCCUGGGAUACAGGAUCAACUGGAGAUCUGCAGGUCCUAGUGGAUGAGCCCAGGUCAGAUUCUCACCCUGCACAGCCGUGACUGACCUGUAUCCCUUCCUCAUCCAACUUCCGAAACUGACCUGAUUGCCAGGCUCCAUCCUCUCCUCUCCUCUCCUGUCAUGCGUCUCCUUGUUUCCCUCCUGCUCUUGCUACUCCUUGGAUCAGCGGAACCCCGGAGAGGCCGUCGGUCAAAGGCUGUGGAGAGGGGUGCAAGGGGCCAUGUACGGGGUAGAGGCAGGCCUGGCGUCAUGAGGCGUCAAACUGAGGUGUGCUUGGAAUACAUGGAGUCAGGAGAAAAAUACCUUGACUGCCAGGAUAGGCAGCUGACCACUGUGAUGCAGGACUGGCCCAAAGAUAUCCACCACCUACUGCUGGCGAGAAAUAGGAUUCAGGUUUUGAGGGACAACAUGUUUGCUCAGUUCACCCAGCUGAAGAGCUUGGAUCUCCAGCAGAACCGCAUCUCCAGGGUGGAGGAUGAUGCGUUCAGUGGCCUCUCCCAGCUCAAAACCCUGCUCCUCCAGCACAACCAAAUGACAACAGCCUCCGAGGAGGUCCUGCUCCCCCUACCCCGCCUUACUUAUCUCCGUCUCUAUGACAACCCGUGGAGCUGCCUGUGUCCCUUGGAAAGCUUGAUCAGAAAACUGCAGCUGCCAGGCAACCGCAACCUGGGCAAUUACGCCAUAUGUGCAGAGCCUUUUUCACUGAAGGGUCAAAAACUGAAAAAGUUGAAUGUAGACUCGCUGUGUGAGGAAGACAAGGGGCCAGAACAUGGAGUUGUAGAACGGCCAAAGCCUCCGCCAAAAAUAAGGAAGCCAGAUGCCACCUCCAUGUGCCGCACAUACAUGUUUCCCAAACCGCUGCUGGACUGCAGCAACAAAGAUUUGAUUAGCAUCCCACCUGACCUGCCAUCUGACAUAGUGAGGAUGGAUCUGUCCAACAACAAAAUAAAACAUCUCAAGCCAAAACAUUUUGUGCUGUCCAAAGACCUCAAACUUCUCAACCUCAGCAGUAACAACCUGCACCAUAUAGACACAGCUGCAUUUGCAGGACUGCUGUACCUCCGUGAGCUUGACCUCUCCAACAACAGUCUCCAAUACUUCCAGUACAGUGUACUAGAGGACCUCUACUUCCUACGGAAGCUCUCACUGGACAACAACCCGUGGUUCUGCGACUACAACAUCCACUACCUAAAUUACUGGCUCAAGCACCAUCCUGGCGUCCAUCACACUGGCUUGAUCUGCUCAGAGCCGCCGGAGUUCAAGGGCUGGCGUGUCGCGGAUUACGUGAAGACCUACAACGGGGAAUGUCCUGUAGAUAAACAAACAGAAGGGACAGAUACAGGACAGGGGGCACAAGAACAGUCAGAAAAUGAUGCACAGAAGCCAGGGAUGGACAAUAGUGAUGGACAGGGUGCAAAUCUUCCACAACACCUGAAAAAGGCUGCACCAAACAAAUUUAAAAUCAUCAGGCUGAGCUAAAAUGCAGACGGCUCAGAGGACUGGUACAAUAAGAUUGAAAUGGAUGUCUGAGAACAAGCUGAACAAUGGCUUAAUAAAAGGAGGAACUGUGUUUUGUGGUAAAAUCCAUUACGUAGGCUUUUAGGGAUAAAGCUUCCCUGUUUUGUAUGGGUUGCAGAAACACCUAACAUCGACUUGGAGUUUAUUUUUUGUUUAUCACUUUUCUCUCUUACAGUAAUUUUAAUUUUGACUUCAGGAUAUACUUUUUUUUCUUCUAAAAAGUAGUUUUUGGUCUUUUGGUAUUUUUGUCUACUUGUUUUCAGGAAAUAAAAUUUGUUGUUUUUUGUAUUGUUUUUUUCUGAAAAUGUGUUUUACUAUGUGAUCGAAAAUUUCCAGAUACAUUGCAAGUAAUGCGUCAAGGAUCACAAAUGAUUUUUGCUAAAGUGUUCCAUAUUCCAUAUCAUUAGCUGCUUAUGGUGGGGGGCGCUGGAGCCCAUUUCAGCUGAAAUUGUGCAAGAGGCACUGUGCACCCUGGACAUUUCACCAGUUCAAUUAACGAAUGUCUUUGUGAAGAAACACACACAGGCACAGAGAGGGUAUCUAAACACCACAUAGAAACUCCCAACACGAUAAGAAGGUUCUUGCUGUUUACUGAUCACCACCGGAGACUCCCAAGCAAUGAAAAAUUAUCCAUACAGUGUAAUACUGAUCAAUUUAAAAGGUACCCAAGAAGCUUAAAUUUAUAAUGUAUUUUUCAUGUAUUUUUUUUUCUUAAAUACAUAACAUAUUGAGUCCCAAAACGAACCUAAUACAAUUUAAUGUUCGUUUUUUUUUUUCAAGGACAAGGCACAUUAAUCACCAUUAGUAUAAAUGUGCUAUUUUUUGCCAAAUGGCUCAUUUUGAGUUGCUGUUCCUGGGCCAGAUGUUAAAUUAUCCAUUAAAGGGCUAUAAAACAUAAAAGAACACAAUUAAAGGCCAUUAGAAAAUAGAGGAAGGAAAAAAUUUAAUAAAACAGGGUCAAAACUUGAGAGAAUGGAGCAGGUAGCAUGGAAACAAUGCUGUGCAAAAGUCUAGGAAAAUGGGAAAUGUGUGUUUGCAGAAGCCAAGCAAGCUUUAAAGUCAGUAUUUAGUGUGACCACUGUUAUUCUUCAACACACCCUGAACUCUUAUAGGAAAAAUUCUUGAAUUCAUAAUUCCAUCAAUUUAGGCAAGAUCUCCUAUACCACUGAAAUGCAGCCCCAAACCAUCACCGAGCCUCCACAGUGUUUUAUAGAUGGCUGUAGACACCCCUUUCCUUCAUUUCUCUGUGUAUAGUGAUUAUUUGAGGCAGAAAUUUCAAAUUUGGAAUUAUCCCUCCAUAAGAUCUGUUUCCAGUGAUCUGCAGUUCAGUGCUUGUGUAAUUUGGCAUACCUCAGCUUUUUCUUCCUGUUUCCCUUUCCUAAGAAAGGAUUCUUGACAGCCAUCCUUCCACUGAGACCAUGUGAACUGAGGCUUCAGUGAAAAGCAGAUGGAUCAACUGAAGGUCCAGAUCCACCUCUCAGGUCCCUUGUUAGGUCUUUACUGGACUCUUUUUUUUAUUUCUUAAGGGCAUGGCUGUCAGAUACUGUUCAUCUGCUGUAGAUAGUUUUUUUUACACCUACCACUUUGUUUCUCCCCAGUUGUCUAAUUUCAUGGUUUUUGGCUUUGGGAAUCUCCUUAUUAUUGCAAAAUUACAAUUUUAUGCCUGUUGAUCUGUGUUAUCCUUGGAUUUUUUUCCUGGAUUCACCCAAAGAAAUGGGAACAAAUGUGUUUGUGAUAAAGCCUGCUAGUAAC